CUCUCCCCCCAUCGUAUGCAUGGGUGCUUGUCAAGUAAAUACGUUUGUAAACAGUGGUGCAGCGACAUCUACCUGCGAUUGAGGGAAGCGGUUCAGCACGAGUUCACUGAUUGCACACUGUAGCACGUUAAUGCAGAUAACAGUGUUUAUGCGGGGGUGAGACAACCGCGAUGCACCGUUUUCGCUUAGUGACAUUUGAUGUUAGUGGGACACUUCUUAAUUUUCGGAGGCCACCUCAGACAUUGUAUUCAGAGGCAGCGUCUCUCUUCGGCGUUACUGCGCAGCCAUCAGACAUCGCUUUAAUAUUCCGAGCCCAGUAUGAUAAAUUAUCCCGUGAGCAUCCGAACUUCGGUCAAAAAACCGGCAUAGGUUGGAAAAAGUGGUGGAAUCUGCUGGUCGUAGAUGUUCUUGAAAAGGCAACACGAUGCCAGUACAACAGAAGCACUUAUGACAGUGUUGCAGGUUAUCUCAUAAAUGCUUUCGAGAACGGAGAUUGUUAUGCCGUUGCUGAAGGCGCCCAAGAUUUAUUGUCAUAUCUCCAGCAGACAAACACAAUUAUUGGCGUAAUCUCAAACUACGAUGAAAGACUGCAUUGUGUACUGAAUUCACUGGAUUUAAAUAAGUAUUUUAAUUUUGUUGUAACGUCAUAUGAAGCUGGUAUUGAAAAGCCAUCACCCAAAAUAUUUGAAAAAGCCCUGGCCUUAGCAUUGAAGAUUGAUGCCCAUGUAACUCCAUCAUGUUCUCUUCAUAUUGGUGAUAAAGUCGAAACCGAUUAUGUUGGAGCCAUUGGGGCGCAUUGGCAUUGUGCUUUAGUGACGAAAAGCAGUGAUGAACUGUGCAGAAGAGGACUGCAAAGACAAGGUGUAUUACCGAAUUAUAUUUUCCGCGAUCUUGUUGAACUUAGGGCGAAGCUCCCACAUCUAUGGGAAAGGGACAUUGGUCAAGAUGCUAAGAAAUUUUAGAAGGUUAAAAGUAAACUAGUUGGGGCCUGCACUUAUAUUAGUUUCAACAAAACCUUUUGCAAGAGUGCAGUGAAAUAAAGAGAAACAUGUUUACAGCAUAUGGAAGAAGUAUGUGCCCAUUUCGUGAAGUCAUAAGAGUCUUUUAUAAUAUAAACGAGACAGGCAAAUAGAUUAGCUGCGAAACAAUGGAUAUUAUAUAACAUCUUGUACUCCUGUAUUGAACGCCAACCGCUUCUACGGAUCAGAAUAUGUUUGCAUUAGAAUUUUGGUUUUAUGUGAAAAUAUCUGGUGGGAUAUAUAACUUAAAGCAUAUAUCAAUUAGGGGAAAGAACCACACAAAUCAGCUGACAUCUGAAGCAACAACAGCAUAUAAAUGAUUCGUGGUGUAUUUUUAAUUAAUGGGCCUUGAUUACAUUUUCCAAGUCCAGAGUAUUAACAGAUAAGUUAGGAGGUGGCAAGUGCUUUCACUGUAGUAUAUGUCCUGUUUUCUUGUAAACCAUUGUGUUCCAGUUUUCUUACUGCUUCUUGCACCAAUUUCCUUUUGCCCCUUCUAAACAACAAAAGUUACAAGGUGAUGUUUAAGCUUUGUUAAUUAUCUUAUUAGCCACUCUGGUACAUGGAUGAAAAGUGCUUGCAAAUACAGAGCUAGAUAAAUUACGUGGGAAGAGGGCAGUUCAAAGGCAAUUGCUGCAUACAUUAAACUUGAAGUAUUUUAAGUAAAUGUUAUCUGGAGCUGUGAGCAGAGUAUGUGAACACUAUGGACUAUUUAAACCAGCUAACAAAAGAUAUAAAAUUCACAUGCAUUGUAUAUGAAACUGCUACAAAUUUUUAAAUUACGUUAUGUACUUGGUACAAGAGAUGUAAUUGGCUCAAAAAACUAUCCCCGUGUUUGUGAUUUUAAUUCUCUCAUUUCGUUUUUAAAGCACAGCCUUUUUACACUAAACUUUUCAGUACUAAUGUUUGCAUGUAAACCUUUCCUAUCAGAAUCAGUUAUUUUAACUUGAGAUUGGCAUGCCUUAAUAAAUGUAAGUCAAAAUCAUAACUGUACUGUCUACCAUUUUAUGUAAUCAGGGACAGGUGUGUUUCAGCUUUAUUAUGACAGUAUAAAAUUUGAGUUUGUAUCACAUAUAAAGUGACACAUACUACAAAUCACACAUCAGAGAAGUUGUUAAAAGAUAAAAGUAUAAUGACUGUGGAAUUAGAUUGUAAAGGAAAACUACUUUGCAUGUAUUGGAGAUUGUGAUACUGCCAUUCUGGGUUAUGAUGAUAAUAUAUUUUUUGUGUUGUUCA